CUGAGUCGAGAGAAAAAGGUUCCGCGUUGUAUAGGAGUAGGUUGCAUUCUUUCUGGUUCUCUGGAGGGAUGGCUGCGCUGAAGUACGCGGGGUUGGACGACACCGACAGCGAGGAGGAGCUGCCCCCCGGAUGGGAGGAGAGGACCACCAAGGACGGAUGGGUCUACUACGCCAAUCACCUGGAGGAGAGAACUCAGUGGGACCAUCCUAAAUCUGGGAAACGAAAGCGAGUUGCUGGAGAUUUGCCAUAUGGCUGGGAGCAGGAAACAGAUGCAAAUGGACAGGUCUACUUUGUUGACCAUAUAAACAAAAGGACGACAUACCUUGACCCGAGGCUAGCAUUUACAGUGGAUGAUAACCCAAUGAAACCCAACACGAAACAGAAGUAUGACGGAAACACCACUGCGAUGGAAAUUCUCCAAGGCCGUGACAUGAGUGGAAAAGUGGUCGUGAUUACUGGUGCCAAUUCAGGAAUAGGCUUUGAAGCUGCAAAGUCCUUUGCGCUCCAUGGUGCACAUGUCAUCCUUGCCUGCCGGAAUAUGUCAAAAACUAAUGAAGCUGUGCAACGCAUCUUGGAAGAAUGGCACAAAGCCAAGGUAGAAGCAAUGACUUUAGACCUUGCAUCUCUUCGGAGUGUACAAGACUUUGCUGAAGCAUUUCGGUCUAAGAAUUUGUCUCUCCAUGUGCUGAUCUGCAAUGCUGGUAUUUUUGGUGUUCCUUGGCAACUGACUGAAGAUGGCCUGGAGUCCACCUUCCAAGUGAACCACUUGGGACACUUCUAUCUGGUUCAGCUCCUCAAAGAUGUUCUUUGUCACUCCGCUCCUGCAAGAGUGGUGAUGGUUUCCUCUGAAUCACACAGGUUCACGGAAAUUAAAGACUGCUCAGGAAAACUUGACUUCAACGUGCUCUCUCCUCCCAAGAAAGACUAUUGGGCUAUGCUGGCCUACAAUCGGUCUAAGCUUUGCAAUAUUCUUAUGUCCAAUGAGCUCAACCGCCGCCUGUCUCCUCGUGGCGUGACGUCGAAUGCCCUGCACCCUGGAAACAUGAUUUAUUCAUCCAUUCAUCGCAGCUGGUGGAUAUAUACCAUUCUGUUUACUUUGGUUCGCCCUUUUACCAAGUCAAUGCAACAAGGAGCCGCUACGACAAUCUACUGUGCUACUGCCCCAGAACUAGAAGGCCUGGGAGGGAUGUACUUCAACAACUGUUGCCGCUGCCUGCCUUCACAAGAGGCACAGAACGAAGUGACUGCAGCAGCCUUGUGGGAACUGAGCGAGAAGCUGAUCCAAGAGCGAGUUGGCAGGCAAGGAAAGUAGCAUGGAGCUCCCCGGAAGGAUCAAGACACCCUCAAUAUGUAUACUCACUUGGCCAGACAGGAGAGCUGCUGGGGAGAGUGGGGGAGUAUGACAAAGAAAACCUUUCCAGUUCCUAUGUUCUAUAGAGUUAUAGAUGCAGAUCGGCUAGUGCUAAAUCAAAUGACAGUAGUUGCAACACAGGGCAAAGCUUUAAAGUGGUGAGAGAAAAUAGAGAAGAAGGCAGGAACAAUGCCAUUUUGCUCAAUUCUAGCCAUCCUAGGUCUGUCUCUUUGCUUACACACUUUUCUUUCUAUUAAAAAUAAAUUAUACGGGCCGAAUCCUGUUUGGUUACUUCCAACUCACAUAACUCUGUUGACUCAGUUGGUGACUGGCAAAUUUGAUUCAAUGGGUGUAGUCUAUUUGAGACUAACAAUAUAGGAUUGAAGGCAUACACCUUCCUCUUCUUCUCCCCACCCCACUCCAGUGUACAUAUAGAAAAAUAAGGUAUGAAUACUGGAAGUGUUUGUGGUUUGAAUCCUAUUGAUAGCCCGUACUAGAGUAGAUCCAUUGCAUCGGUGGGAUUUAUGUUGGCAUCAGUGGGUCAACUCUACUUGGGAGUAACCAACAGGAUUCAAGCCUUUCUCAUCUACAGUACAGUCAUCAGGGAAUUGACUAUUCCCUAAUGUAUGUACAUUUACAAGGAGAUCAAGCAUCCAUAGUGGGUUGAAAUGGCCCUUAGAAAUGUUUGGUAUCCCAGCCACUUUGAAAAAAUAACCUAGAGCGCACACGGCGCAGCAACUCCCCUCUGCAACUUCGGUUUGCAGUUGAGGCUCUGCCCGCAGAAGAGAAGGUGCCCCUUGUCGGUUUUGCUCCUUGCAGUUAACAUGUCAUGAAAUAACCCAAAAAUCUUAAGUAAUCAAAAAAGUCAUCUUGACCACAAAUAAAAAAACAACUUUGCCUAAAAGGAGAAGGUGCCUCAAAGUCCAGGCUACCCUCCUUUCUAAUUAAAUAUAUUGCAGGAUAUCCAUAAAAUAUGAUAUUAAAAGGUACAUUUGCAAACAUUCUCUAAAUACUGCAUGAUACUCGUGUCCUUUUACAAACGCACAGGGUGUCAUCAGUCAAAGGGGUUGAAAGGUGUUUUCCAUCCAUAUCGCGGAUGAGAGCUUUAAGGAGGAUCGGAGUAUACCAAAUGUUCCCUGUGUCUCAGUUCUCCUGGUACUCUCUUCUGUUUAUUUUCUUUCUUUCUUUCUUUUUCUCUUAAUUUAAAGGUAAUAAAAGAACAUGCUUGAAUACUGUCACCUGAAGAGCAAGUCUGGGUCCUGUGAAAAUCUUAGUUCCUUUUGUCUUUUUGUCUGUUUUUUAAGAAAAGAAAACUUGAGGAAAAAUAAAGAACUCUUCAACGCCAUGAAAAUGCAUUUUUUGUUCUUGAUUUGUUCCAAGUUCAUUUGUCCGUGGGGAUUUUUUUCCUCUCCUUUUUUGUGCUUUAUAGCUUGUCUUCAUGCCAGAAAACUGUGGUAAGCCAUCUGUAAUCCAGCAUCAUUUUUUCUGUAAAGAAAACAACAAAUAAAAAUAUGGUUAUUUG